GUCUGUCUCAAUAUCUGUGUGGGUGAAAAAAAAAAAACAGCGAAAGAUCAGCUCUGUGCCCGCGAUCUGAGUGUGUUUAUGAGCUUAUGUCGCCACUUGCCGUCGGUGGUUGAAUCUGAGAUCUGAAGUACAUAUUUUGUUGCGUUGCGGAGAUGAGCGAGAGUCCCGACUCGAAUGGCGCCAAGGAUCGGGCCAAGCCCGUGGAGACGCUGGUUCUGGCCAAUUAUGCUCUGAAGGCGGAGCAGAAGCGUGCCGCCGGACAGGGCGGCCGCAAGGAGGAUGAGCGCAUCACCAGCGCUGUCAUGAAGGUCCUCGAGGGCUACGAUUGGAAUCUGGUACAGGCCUCAGCCAAGGCGCCCACGGAUCGCAAGAAGGAGCACAUCAAGCGUCCGAUGAACGCGUUCAUGGUCUGGGCCCAGGCAGCGCGUCGCGUCAUGUCCAAGCAGUAUCCGCAUCUACAGAACUCUGAACUUAGCAAAUCGCUGGGCAAGUUGUGGAAAAAUCUGAAGGAUAGCGAUAAGAAGCCGUUUAUGGAAUUCGCCGAGAAGCUGCGCAUGACGCACAAGCAGGAGCAUCCCGACUACAAGUACCAGCCGCGCCGCAAGAAGGCAAGGGUCAUGCCCCAGCAGCAGGGGGAGGGCGUCGCACCCACAGCAGCGACCGGGGCCAACCCUGCCUCGGUUAGGCAGCAGCGGAGCUCCAGUUCGGGGAUCUCCUCCAGUGGCCAGCGGCGUGCUGCGAAGGUAAACGGAUCCAAUCUGUGCUCCACAGCGGGGUCCAGCUCCAGUUCCAACUCCGCCUCCGCCUCCACCUCCACCUCCACCACGGAUGUUUUCAGCAACGAGGCCUUCAUGAAGUCCCUGAACAGUGCCUGUGCCGCCAGCCUCAUGGAGCAGGGCCUCAGUCUAAACAGCGAAAUAGGUCUGGACUCGCCCUGCUCGACGGCCAGCUCGCUCUCCUCCCUGACACCGCCGGCCACGCCGUACAGCGGCUCCUCCGCGAAGCCCACUGCAGGAGGAGUCUCCCUGAACAGCUCCAGUCUGCUGCUCCGGCAGCUGAGCGAGCCCAGCAGUAAUGGAGUGCACACGGAUUACGGGGUCCUGCUGGAUGCUGGCCGCGAGUACAUAGCCCUGGGCGAAGUCAACUACAGCCAGCAGCAGCAGCAGCAGACGCAGGGGGGCCCGGAAAUGGACUUUCUGGAGAACAUCAAUGGCUAUGCAGGCUAUGCGAGCAAUGGUCGGGGGGUGAACUAUCCCGGCUACUCUUACACUGCCGCUGGGGGAGGAGUGGGCCACGGAGUGGGCCUUGGAGUGGGCGAUUUCCAAGAGCAGCAGCAGCAGCAGCAGCCCCAUCCGCAUCCCCAUCCGCAUGUGGCACAGGCCACAACGAGCGUCAGCGCGUCACAGGCCAGUGGAGCCUUAAAUUACAAGUCAGCCACUGACAUCGAUCCCAAGGAAAUUGACCAGUAUCUCAUGGAUCAAAUGCUGCCCAUGACGCACCAUCACUCGCCGCCUUUGAACUCCUCCGCCUCGCUCAGCUCGGCCUGCUCCAGCGCCAGUGCCAGCUCCCAGGCGGUCGUCGAGUGCGCCGCCUACUAUGAACAGUUGGGCUACCCCCCCGCACAGAGUCAGAGCACGAACUUUGGCCCCCACCAUGCAACAUAUGUUUCUGGGGCUCCGCCACUCGCCAAUCCACAUACACAUCCCCUCUGCUCUCGGUGUGCCUGACACGCAGCAGGAAUUGCAGUCCCAUUCGCAUCCCCAGCACCAGCAGGAGCAGCACGAGCACCCGCACCAGAAUCCAUCGCAGCAGCAUCAUCUUUGGGGCACUUACACUUAUGUCAAUCCCUAAGAUACUUCAUUUGCGCAUUUGCUGUCCUGCGUUGGAGCUCCCCCUCUUUAUGGGUCACUUGAAUGUCUUUCGUUUAUUGGUUUAUUGUCUGUGCAAUGUGUUUCUGUGUGUGUGUCUGUGUCUGUGUGUGUGUCUAUGUGUGUUUCUGUGUUGAGCUCCGAGGGUCUUUUUGGAAGAUUUUGUGCAAUUUAAGCUAAUCGCUGCGAUUUUCCUUUAUGGCUGCAUUCUCCCCUCAUCAAUAUGCGAUUCUGAUGGGAAUUUAUUCUCACAAUAGAAAUGCGAAAACAAAUGCAAGACAAUUCCAUGGUAAAAUUACUUCGAUUGCUCAUAAAAUGU